CCAGUGGUUCUCUUCCGGUGUCAGACAGGUGUUACGGUGUGUUUUGACACUGAAGAAGAAGGUGUCUAUGAUGUUAACUUUAAUAAAGAAGCAGUUAUCUCCUACUCUUUGUCUGAAAUGAUUUUCUCUUCGUGUUUCGUUCAGUUUGUUCUCACCGGAUGGAGCUAGCUUAGCGAGGCAUGAGCUCGCGCUGCUGCUGCUGUUUACAUGCAGUGAUGAAGAUGAUGACGAAGAUGGAGAGGUGUGUUUGCUAACCCAGCUACAGACCUGAACGAGGGGCAGAGACUGUGUUUAACUCGUCCUGUGAGGACCAUCGGACCAGGAGCAGCCUCGAGUGAUGGACGUGUCCUCUCAGGACUCAUCUCUCCUGGUCAUGGACCUGUCAAAGGGUUUCUCUGUCCCCGCCCUCACCCCCCGACACACUGAAGCCAAGAAGCCUGAGUGGUACCACCGCCGCCCCUCCUCAGAGAUCAGCCCCUCCUACAGAUCAAGACCCUCGUCUUCUUACAACCCCUUGGAACCUGGUCCACAUGUCCUCUGCGGGGACAUUGACCAGAGCCCCGAGUCUUUAGGUGACUACAUGAACUCAACGCUUAAUCCUAGACUUGAACUGUACAGAGAUGGAGUUCACAGCGGCCUGUGGCACCAAGGUUUCUAUGGACCAGACCAGACUGGGGGUGCGGGUCCCGAGAGCAGCGGAGGGGAGGAGAGCGACAGCGGCUCGGAUGUGAUAUUCCUUGUGUCCUCAUCCAAAGAGCCGCUUCUCUGCGGCCCCUUCAUCCAGGAUGGUGUGAGACACAUCGUGGAGCCGCUGUCCCCUGCCGUGUCCUCGCUGGAUGGAGGACGAGGCUGCUGCCACCUCCCUCAGCCACUCAGCUCCCCGAGUCCUGAAAGCUCGUACUCCGAUGAGUCCUCAGACAGCUCAGUGGACAUCCCCGUCCACCAUGCACGGCCCGUCGUCCUCCUGUCAGAUCUCAGUUCUGCGUUCAGGAACCCUGCUGAGUCCAUGGGGGACGUCUCCAGUGAGGACAGCGAUGUGAUUGAGGUUUCAGGCUCUGAUGAGAAGAAGAAGAAGUCGUCUCUCUGUAAGAGGAUGGAGACUGAAGAUGCUCCAAACAGAGAGGUGAGACGCAGCUCCAGGAUCAGGAAGUCUGUCUCUGAAUUUUCGGUGUCCUUGUGCAGCACGCCAAGAAGUGCCCUGAGGAGACGAGCCAAAAACGACGCCGUAGGUAUCUACAACGAGAGUGGAGACUCGGAUGACCUGAUGGAGUAUGCCGUGAGACUGUCCAGUUCUGAUGCAGAUGAGUCACUCUCGCAGCAGAACGAUUCACAGAGACAGAGCUGUAACUCAGAUGAGUCUGAGACUGACGUUAAAACAAAGAGGACGCCAGUGAAGAGAGAGUCCCCGCCUACCCCCUGCAGAGAGUCCAGAAGUAUCGCUUGUAAACGAAAGACGCCUCAAAGUGUUGGUAAAACUAAAGAGAUGAAGAAAAGUGAGCCGAAACAGAAGAGCAGAAUCAAAACAGUGCAGUCAAACAAAGAGUCGGUAGAAAAAAAGACACCUGUGAAGAGACGGAGGAAAAAACGCUGCUCGAAGGCGACAGCGUCCAAUCGGUUUCCUCCCUCUGAGCCCGAGAUCAAAUUCAGGUACGUCAACAUCAGAGCGGAGAAGAAGGAGAAGAAGUCCGGAUCUUUUCAGCCCUUCAUCCACUUAGAGCAGAGGAGUUGUACUGUCAUCAACUACCGAGAAGAGGAGGAGACCAUGAAGACCAGAGCGGGACGUCUGUGGCAGACCGGGACUAUGUCUCUGUCCGGGUUUGUCCCAAACUCCUCCUGUUUCCAGCUGAGUCGGCCCUCUUCAGAGAGCCAGGCUGAGACCUCGCUCAGGUGCUGCCUGUGUGGAGAGACUGCAAACACCAUGAGCCUGGGAGAUCUCCACGGGCCAUAUGUCCCCGUUAACCUGCCUGUGGACUACAAGGGCCAGACCCAGAAACAGGAGCAGGACUGUGAGACUGAGCAGAAACAGGGUGUAGAUGGACUGGAUAACAGUGAUUCAGUGAAGCCCUCCACUGACAGUCUCUUCUGCUCUGCUGGUAGAACCUCUCAGGUGUCUCCUCACCUGGAUGAGAGCUGGAUCCAUGAGGACUGUGGGAUCUGGUCUACUGGGGUCUUUCUGGUGCGGGGGAAGCUGUACGGCCUGCUGGAGGCGGCUCAGCUCGCUCAGAGAACUUUGUGUUCAGCCUGCAGUCACACAGGUGCCAUUAUGGGAUGUUUUCAGAAGAGCUGUCCAUCAAACUAUCACUACAGAUGUGCCAUCCAGUCAGGUUGUGUGUUAAACGAAGAAAACUUCUCCGUUCUCUGUCCGGAGCAUAAGAAUAAAUGGUUCACUCGAAUGGACAAACGACGCAGGAGAUGACACAAACGGGACACGGGAACAGAAUGAUCCACAGAUCUGCUCAGGGUUCGACUAGUUCUGCCUGACUUCACCUCUGCUGUUUAUAACACUGAUUAAUGCAUUUGUGUAUGUGUGAGAGUGUGUGGAUGUGUGCGUGUGUGUGUGUGUGUGUGUGUGUGUGUGUGUGUGUGUGAUUCCUUUUGUUGUCGACAAAAACACAGAUUAUUAUUUUGAACAUAAUAAUAGAGUUCAAAUACGUUUUUGUUGUUUAUAGAUAAUCUCUUUAUAUAAGAUAAUGUUUAUUUCUACAGUUUUUGUACUUCUUGUACUACUUUGUACUUCUAUCACUGUUAGAGCUGCAUUCGCCACACACACACACGCACGCACACACACACACACACACACACACACACAUUUAUUUUAAGCAGGCUGCUUGUUUGCACUUUAAAAUAUGAUUUGAUGAUUAUUUAUGUCCAUUCAUAGACUUUUUCUGACCUUUUUUACUAAAUGUAUUUAAAUGUAGUGUUAAGCUUCAUUUCUUAAAAUAAAUAUGAAUAUAUAUUAAUAAUAUUUAAUUAUUCUUUAAACCACAACAGAGAUCUAUGACAGAAACCAUUUUCCUCAUCUCUUUUAUUUAUUUCUCAGAUGUAGGAGAAUCUUUUUUUAUGCUCAUGCAAAGUGAAAACUAAAGAUCAACAAACACAACAUGCCUGACAAACAAAAUUAUGCAAACCUCACAGCUUACUGCUCUCAGACCCGUUUCACAAAGCAGGAUUAGUUUGAACCCCGUGUCUGUUAACCCUGAAAUAAGAGGGAACUCUGAGUUUUCUGUUUCAGAGAGGAGGUAACUCAAACCUGAGAUAGAAAGGUAACUCUAGUCUUUAAGUCAUGCUAGCUAUGAAAACGUGUUAUUUUUUCAUGUCCUUUUAUAGAUGAGCCAAUAGUUGAAGGGGCUGUGUGGCUCCACAGGGAGUUACAUUUACAUAGGGAGAGGAUGUUGGAACACUAACAGCACCCAUCAUGGACGUGCUCUUACAUCUGAGCAGAUCAUUUGUGUUGUCUGAUGGUUUUUUUCUUUACAAUUUUGGUGAUGUGGAGCACAUCCCAUUUAAAAAAAAAAAACACUAAAUGAUACUUUGUUAAAUAAUAAAGUUAGGUCCCACCGUGAGUCUGUUACGCCUAAGCCUUACAUAUUUGAUCUAUAGUCUUAUAUUUCAUUUUCAGCUGCUUCCAAUUUUGCUUUUCUCCAUCCGGACUGCAACUAAAUAGAAAUACAUUUUAGGUUGAAUACCAUCCCACCAGUUUUCACCUGUGAAAUGAUCAAUACUCACCAUAUGACUGCAUUAGGAUUUGCAUCAAGGGGGGUAGAAAUGGAUGAGCUAUUGAUGGUGUCUCUUUUAUUGUCACGGUGAACGCACUGAAGUCUCGUUGAACCUACUCAAAGAUGAUUCAAAAAGCUCAAAUCAGCCGGUCUGGAACCGGAAACUCUUCUCAACUCAGAGUUUAGGGUAAGACUCAAGAGUAUGUUGAUACCCCUUACUGAAACGGGCCCCCGCUGGAACAUAUUUAUGUUAAAUUAAAGGGUCAGUUCAACCAAAUCAUAAAACAAUCAUGACUGGAGUGACUCAGAUUAUUGAUCAAAUUAAGGAAUUGGUUUAAAGAGCAGAAAUGUCUUAAAGAAUGACAGGGGGUGGAUGUAAAGUAUGUUUUUGUGAUUUACAUGGAGUGACCCUUUAAUAAAAUAAUAUAUGAUCUAA